GCCGGCGGCGGCCCGGGUGGCCCGCCCGCGGGGGGUGCCGGAGGGGGCGGGGGAAGAGGAGGAGGCGGUGUGAUGACCCUGGACGGCGAGCGGGGGGAGCAAGAGGAGGAGAAGAAAAAGAAGAAGAAGAAAAAGAAGAAGGAGGAGGAGGAGGAGGAGGGGGCCGAGAAGAGCAGCUCUCCCUUCGCGGCCACCAUGGGAGAAGACGCCCCCGCGCUCCGGGCGGGCGGCAGAGGGCUCUCGGACCCGUGGGCGGACUCGGUGGGAGUGCGACCCCGGACCACCGAGCGCCACAUCGCGGUGCACAAGCGGCUCGUGCUGGCCUUCGCCGUGUCCAUCGUGGCGCUGCUCGCGGUCACCAUGCUCGCCGUGGUGCUCAGCCUGCGCUUCGACGAGUGUGGGGCCAGCGCGACGCCGGGCGCCGACGGGGGCCCCGAGAGCUUCCCAGAGGGCAGCGGCAACGCAAGCCUCCCGGGAUCGGCUCGGAGGAACCAGCACGCAGGCGGGGACUCCGCGCAGCCUGAGACGGGCGGGGUGGGCACCCCCGAAACCCCAUCUGCCCAGCCGCCGUCGGAAGAGGAGCGGGAGCAGCGGCCCCCCUGGACGCAGCUGCGCCUCUCAGGCCAUCUCAAGCCGCUGCACUACAAUCUGAUGCUCACCGCCUUCAUGGAGAACUUCACCUUCUCCGGGGAGGUCAACGUGGAGAUCGCAUGCCGGAACGCCACCCGCUACGUCGUGCUGCACGCUUCUCGGGUGGUGGUGGAGAAGGUGCAGGUAGCGGAGGACCGGGUGGCCGGCGCUGUCCCCGUGGCCGGGUUUUUCCUCUACCCGCAAACCCAGGUUUUGGUGGUAGUGCUCAAUAGGACCCUGGACGCGCAGCGAAAUUACAACCUGAAGAUCAUCUACAAUGCCCUCAUAGAGAACGAGCUUCUGGGCUUCUUCCGUAGCUCCUACGUGCUCCACGGGGAGAGAAGAUUCCUCGGUGUGACUCAGUUUUCGCCUACACAUGCCAGAAAGGCAUUUCCAUGUUUUGAUGAGCCAAUCUACAAAGCCACUUUCAAAAUCAGCAUCAAGCAUCAAGCAACCUAUUUAUCUCUAUCCAAUAUGCCAGUGGAGACUUCCGUGUUUGAGGAAGAUGGAUGGGUAACAGAUCACUUUUCACAGACCCCUCUCAUGUCCACAUAUUAUUUAGCCUGGGCAAUUUGCAACUUCACACACAGAGAAACUACCACCAAGAGUGGGGUUGUAGUACGGUUAUAUGCAAGACCCGAUGCUAUCAGAAGAGGAUCCGGGGACUAUGCUCUUCAUAUUACAAAGAGAUUAAUAGAAUUUUAUGAAGACUACUUUAAAGUGCCCUAUUCCUUGCCAAAACUAGAUCUUUUAGCUGUGCCUAAGCAUCCGUAUGCUGCUAUGGAGAACUGGGGACUAAGUAUUUUUGUGGAACAAAGAAUACUGCUGGAUCCCAGUGUUUCAUCUAUUUCUUAUUUGCUGGAUGUCACCAUGGUCAUUGUUCAUGAGAUAUGUCACCAGUGGUUUGGGGACCUUGUGACUCCUGUGUGGUGGGAAGAUGUGUGGCUGAAGGAAGGUUUUGCUCACUACUUUGAAUUUGUGGGUACAGACUACCUCUACCCUGGCUGGAACAUGGAAAAACAGAGGUUUCUGACAGACGUUCUGCACGAAGUGAUGCUGCUUGACGGUUUGGCCAGUUCCCAUCCAGUAUCCCAGGAAGUGCUACAGGCAACAGAUAUUGACAGGGUGUUUGACUGGAUCGCAUACAAAAAGGGUGCUGCUUUAAUUAGAAUGCUGGCUAAUUUUAUGGGCCAUUCAGUUUUUCAGAGGGGUUUGCAAGAUUAUUUAACCAUUCAUAAGUAUGGCAAUGCAGCCAGAAAUGAUCUCUGGAAUACGUUAUCAGAGGCUUUAAAAAGGAAUGGAAAAUAUGUAAAUAUACAAGAAGUGAUGGAUCAGUGGACACUGCAGAUGGGUUAUCCUGUUAUCACCAUCUUGGGAAAUACAACAGUGGAAAACAGAAUAAUAAUUACCCAACAACAUUUUAUUUAUGACAUCAGUGCUAAAACUAAAGCACUUGAACCUCGAAAUAACAGUUAUGUGUGGCAGAUUCCGUUAACCAUUGUGGUAGGAAAUAGAAGCCAUGUGUCUUCAGAAGCAAUUAUUUGGGUGUCUAACAAAUCAGAGCAUCAUAGAAUAACUUAUUUGGACAAAGGAAGCUGGCUUCUCGGGAACAUCAAUCAAACAGGCUACUUUAGAGUCAACUAUGACCUAAGGAAUUGGAGAUUAUUAAUAGAUCAGUUAAUCAGGAACCAUGAGGUUCUUUCUGUCAGUAACCGUGCAGGUUUGAUCGACGAUGCCUUCAGCCUAGCCAGGGCUGGCUAUUUGCCUCAGAAUAUUCCCCUGGAGAUUAUCAGAUACCUGUCUGAGGAGAAGGAUUUUCUUCCUUGGCAUGCUGCAAGCCGAGCUCUUUAUCCUCUAGAUAAAUUACUGGAUCGCAUGGAAAACUACAAUGUCUUCAAUGAAUAUAUAUUAAAACAAGUUGCAACGACAUACAUCAAGCUUGGAUGGCCAAAAAAUAACUUUAAUGGAUCUCUUGUUCAAGCUUCCUACCAACAUGAAGAACUACGCAGAGAAGUGAUAAUGCUAGCAUGUAGUUUUGGCAACAAGCACUGUCACCAGCAGGCAUCCACACUUAUUUCAGACUGGAUUUCGAGCAACAGGAACAGAAUACCACUAAAUGUUAGAGACAUUGUCUACUGUACCGGAGUAUCGCUGCUGGAUGAGGAUGUCUGGGAAUUCAUAUGGAUGAAAUUCCACUCCACCACGGCAAUUUCUGAAAAGAAGAUAUUAUUGGAAGCCUUAACUUGCAGUGAUGACAGGAAUUUAUUAAAUAGGCUUCUAAAUCUGUCCCUGAAUUCAGAGGUUGUGCUGGAUCAAGAUGCAAUUGAUGUCAUAAUUCAUGUAGCUCGAAAUCCACAUGGCCGAGAUCUUGCCUGGAAGUUCUUCAGAGAUAAAUGGAAGAUAUUAAAUACCAGGUAUGGAGAAGCAUUAUUUAUGAAUUCCAAACUUAUCAGUGGAGUUACAGAAUUUCUUAAUACUGAAGGUGAACUCAAAGAGCUAAAGAACUUCAUGAAGAACUAUGAUGGGGUCGCUGCUGUGUCUUUCACACGAGCUGUAGAAACUGUGGAAGCCAAUGUGCGCUGGAAAAUGCUCUAUCAAGAUGAACUUUUCCAAUGGCUGGGCAAAGCUCUAAGACAUUAAUAUAUGUCUUUUGUAAACAUUUCAACUCCAAAUUUUGUGAGAGGAUCUGCUUUUUAUGGAAUGAGGAAAAUGGUCAGAUUUUGAGAGUUAAAACACGGGAGGAAUUCUUUUUUAUGUUUGUUUUUUGGUUUGGGGAGAUUUUUUUUAUUUGUUUCAUUCAUUCUGUUUUGCUUCCCUACUGGGUGUUCCCUAAAGAAACCCUUGCAAGUGAAACCUGCUGUGGUUGCUUCAGCUGUACAUUCCUUGCUGUACAAGACCAAACAUGGUAGUGGUGCAUGUCAGUGUUGAAGUCAGUUUGGAAAAACAUAGUCAGAAUAUUCUGUGCAUGGAUGUAUGGUCCUGCCUGUGUUCCAGCAUGCUUAUUUAAAAUGUCCGACAUUUUAUGUGAAUAUAUGUUACAUCCAAGAUGGGCAUUAUGCAAAAGCACAAAGGUUAUUGAUGACAAUCAGUGUUGCAAUGAAAGAAAAGCUGAAAAAAAUUUAUUCUCAGUCUUGGACAAUGGAGGGAUAAAUUAGCUCUGUAAGUGAUCACUGUCGCUUAUUUCAGCACUGGAAUUGUCUGGCAAUGAUUAUUUGUUGAUAACUCACUUCCUUUGAGUUAAAGCUGUGUAUACAUUUAAAAGGCAUAUAGUGUAGACAUAUCUUUAUGUACAUAGGGACCGCCAUAUGUAUAUAGUAUGUUGUACACAGCACAUGUGCAGAAAAUCUCUUCAGAUGAAAGAAAAUUUAUCUCUUUUUAUAAAUGUAUGGACAUUUGGAAAAGGCUUAAAAGAAUUUAUAUCAAUCUCGUCCUUCCUGAUUCCUAAAUCCUCGAUCCAAUUUUUAUCUACUUCCCAAGCAAUUCUACUCCAUGAUGAGUUUUAAGAAAAUUGACUCAUAAAAAACCACUCUUCUAAUUCUCCUAAGUCAAUGGCAACCUUACGUAUAGAUUCUGUCACCAUUUGGUUCAAAUUUCAAAUUGCAUAAAGCAGUUGUGCAAAUGUGUAAUUAUUAGUACUGAGAAAGUGUUUUUCAUCUUGUUUGUCCAUCUUACAUUGGGUGGUACAGAGUUAAAAAUUCUUUCUGUGUGUUGGUAUUUGUGUCUAUGUUGCUCUAAUCCUACAUUAAGCAACCAUACCUCAAUGGGUCUAUUAGCACUUAAUGACCUUUUAUGCCAGUUGUGCCAUCCCUUAAAGAGUUACUUUCCUUUUAUUAAUGUACAAAGUCCUUCUUUUGGCAUUUACAACUGUGUUCUACCUGGGAAUUUUGAAUAGCUAUUUUCAUGGCUGUGUGUUAUGUAACAUGAGAUUUUAAAAUGAUAUUUUCACCUAGUAGGCAAGCUCUUCAAUCAUACUUAGGUGAAUAUGUUUUAAGCUACCAUUAUGAAAUACCAGUACAACAAUGAUACUUAAGCUAAAUGUUUGUGGACUAUUACUUUCUUUAGGUUUUCCAAAUGUAUAAUUCUUGCAAAUCACUGAAACGAAGGAAUUACAGAAUUAAGUCACUCAAUAUCAAGAAAAAUAGAGAGAAUGAAACUGGAGCCAUAGAAUUAUUUUAAAUUUUUUAUAAAAUGAGCAAUUUCCUAAUUCAUAAAUUCUUAAAAGAAGUACCACCUAAAAUAAAUUUUAACAUUUAAACAAGUAAUACACUUUACUCAUACUUAGAUUUUUCAACACUUUAACAAUUAACAUACAUAAACUUAAUACUUUCUGUAGUGUUAAUAAGGCAUAGUAAUGCUUAAUAUAAAAUGUAAAAGUUAUGCCACGUACCAAAAGUGAUGAAAUCCAAUUACUGUGUAUCAUAGUUACAGGUCCUUAAGGGCAACUUCUACAACAUUCUACAACAUAUCAAUAAGUACCACACUGCUGUGCAUGUCCCAGAUAUUCACUGUAUCACUGUUCAAUUCAUGCAAUAGAUGAUAAAAAUUUAGAAGUGGAUGUCUUGUUUUGUGUCAUGAAUUAUUUAAAAUUCUUAGUAGUUACGACUUUUUAGUGAAAUCACCAUUUUAAAUUUUGAAUUAGAAAGGCCUUUAUAGUUCUUAUCCCCUCCACAGUUAAUAAUUUUAAUCCUCUUCAGUAUUUUAGUGGCUUUGAACAACUGGCUUAGAUACAAUUCAAAUCCUAAGUGUGUAAUUAUGUGCAAUGUUCAAUACCUCAUAUAAUACUUGUUCAACAGUAUAGUGGUACCAAUGACAUUGAAAUGGCAUUUUAGUUCCACAUAUUUUUCAACAACUUAUCAUUUCACAUGUUGAAAUUAAACAUUUUUAGUUGUUUAAAUAAGUAAUAUUUUCAAAAUAAUAAAAUAGCCGAUGAUAUCUCUUGGAAUAUUCUGUAAAAUGUAGUUAUAAAAUUAUAUUUUCUACUUAGAUUUUUUAUCUUUUCUCUCUUCUUUGUCUAUUUUACAAAUCAUAUAUAUGCAUGAAAUAACAGUUGAAAGUGUCCAACAUUUAGUCUUAAAAAUUUACUGUGCCAAUAUAUGUAUGACAGCAAAACAUGGUUUAAAUUAGAAAGGACUAAAUUAUUUACUCCACGGAGUAUUAAUUGUCUCCAGAUGAUUUAUAAAUAAAAAAGAUUUCCCAUUUUUACACAUUCUCCUUAAAAUGUUCUUAUAAUCUUUGAAAUUCUGAAAAUACCAAAUCUCAUCUUUUAAGGCUAGAUCUCCUAGAAUUUCAGUAACAUAUAUUUUUUGAGGCCUUACACUAACUUUGGUUUAUCUUAUUUUCAGGAUAAUUAUAUCAUAGAACUGAAUUUUUUUGUGGUAGUACAAUUACAAAUAUUAUUACUGUAAUAUCAUACAAGGUUGUUAAGGUUAUGCCAUGUAUUCAUAAAAUGCUUUUCAUUUUCAAAGAACUUUUACACAUGUGUUAUUUUGUUAUUGGCUCCUCACAAAACUACUAUAUGUGUGACUCUAUAUCCUGAAGAUCAAACUGAAGCUUAGAGCAGCAACAUGAACUAUGUAAAAUUGCAAUUAUUUUGGGAACCAAUAUAUAAUCACUUAAGCCUUUUAAUAUAGCUUUCCAACAACUAAAUUAUAAAUACAUGUUCAACAUACCUCUAUCCAGAAUUUGUUGUAGAUUUUGCAAAUACUAGACCAGCAUCCACAUACAUUAUUAAAUAUAUCUGCAAUAAUUAUAUUUUUAAAGCCAUUCUGAUUUGCAUGAUUUCAAACUACUAAAUAAUCAUGUUAAUGAGUAUUGACUUUGGUCAAUGCAAGUAGUCAGAUAUUGGGGGAAAUAAUGUACUUUACUGAGAUAUUUUGUUUUUUAUAUCUCUUGUCAAACCCCAUUUAAAUAUAACUUUAAAACACUGCUAAUUUAUCUUCCUUUCAACAGAAACUUCCACGAUCAUACUAACAGUAGUAACAGAUGGUCAGAAUGCAGAUAAAAUACUAUCCAUCUAAAUCAUUGAAAAUAAUAUUCAAUGAAAUGUUAAUAAAUCUAUGCAGACCAAAUUGCAAAAAAACAUUUUUAUGCAACUAUUGCACUGAAUUAGAUGCCAUAAAGGGAUCCCACAAGAUGUUUACAAUAGUACAUUUCAUUAAAAUCUACUAGCAAUUAAAAUUUUAAGUAAUUCUUCUUUAAGACUUGGAGAACCUAAAAUAGCUAGUUUCCUGAGAGUGUCAAUGAAGUAACCACAUAUACUUAUAAAAGAAGUAAUAAAAGCACAUAUUAUUAGAAAUUUAGAUUAUCCCACAUGAUUUUUCUUUUAUCAGAGCUCAUACUCAAAUGAUCAUUUGAUAUUGAUGAUGGCAUAAUUCAACUUAAAGAAAUAUUUACUGACUACCUUUUAUUAACCUGGGCACUUAGUAAAGGUACAAGAAGAGAGAUGAAGAGAUCUAAAGGAAUUCAUAUAUAAAAAUGUAAAAAGAACAAAGAAUUUAGGAAGAAGUAAGAAUAAUGGCAACAUGAAAAAUAAUUAGUAUAAAAAAAGGUAAAUCAUUUUGGGUACAGAUAAUAUUUAAAUAUUUUGCACAUUUGUUCUCAAACUUUGGUAUAAUUUUUAUUGUUUGAUUUCACAAUGCUUGUGUUUUAUGGAUAUAUGUAACAGUUCAAAAUUUUAAUAAAAUCCUACAGUUAAAGCUAUAGUAAUUGGAUUCAAAAUUGGGAUACCAUUUAUCCUUGAGUAAAGUCUUAUCAGUAAUUUAGCAAUAUUGUUUAGUUGCAGAAAAAAUUUUUAGUCUGUAUGAGAAAGUAGUUCAAGUUUUCUGAAGUAGUUUUAGGAUAUUUUCAUAUUUAAAAUUUGUUAAUUUCAUGUUAGUCAUAUAUUCUUUAUUGGAGGGUCAAUAUACUUAUCUAUUUUUGGAAAUAAUUUAUUUCUUCAAAUUAACAUAGAUGAACUCGAUUGCAAAAUGUGCUUGUAAAUUAUUCAAGAACUUCAAACUUUAAUCAUACAGAUGUAGCCUUCAGUUCAGUUGGCAUUAAUUAAUGAGAAAAUUUCUAAAAUAAAUAUUUUGCUUAAUGUGCUAUAGAUUCAGGAAAAUCUAACAAUAAUGUGUUAUAAUAGCUUUUAUUUUCAAAUUUAUAUUAUGAAAUUUAAUUUGGGGAUUUAGAUAAGGAAAGUAGUAAACAUCUUAAGUACUUUUAGGAAAAUUAUUGAAAAUACAAGUUUUAAAGUUAAAUAUGUUGCCUAUGGAACACUGCAUGUAUUUGUUAAAAUAAGUUUCUCACAAACUGAACCUACUACCAGUAGAUAGUAUGAUUUUACCCAGAAUUUGAAAACUACACUGUAAGACUUUUAUUUUGAAUAUUUGGUACUUUAUAGUGCAUUGAAUUUUUUGUGUAUGUAUUUUUCUUAGUUCAUGUACUAAUCACUAAGAAAAAAGGAAAAUAUGACUGAACUUUGUCUUACUCUGUAUUAAAAUGUUUUGUAGUAUCUUAAUAUAAGUGAGCUAGGAUAUAGGGAAGGAGCAAAAAUUUGAGAGCCUACUGAGUUUCAGGCAAUUUAUAAGUAUCUCAUUUAAAAACCCUAUGAAAUCUCAUUAGUUCAAAUUUAUCAGUGAGUAGACUGAGGCUAAAUGCUAGUUUACACACAAUUAAUUAAUGGUAUUAGAUUGUAUUCAAAAUUCUUGAAAAGCAAGUUCUUUAUGGUUUAAAUUAGUGAUUACUCUGACUCCAGCCUGCAUCAAAACAUGUUUAUCCGUACAAACUCGUAUCUAGGACAUCUGAAUACUUACCCCACUUUCUCAUUGUGAUUGGCUUGUUUGAAACAAUUGUUAAUUAAUACAUUCUGGUUUCCUACUUAUUUCUUAACAAGCUAACCUCAGAGUAUCUAUAAGUAGUUUCAUAGGCAAUAUUUUACAUGCAUAUGUUUGUGUAGUGGGUUUUAAGCUAUAUCAAACAAUUGACAGAUACGACUGCCAAUGAGCCAUGAAAAAUAAGUGAAUACAGAGAAUGGAUUAUGAAGCUCUUCACCAGCGGACCACAAAGAUGAGAUUAAACCUAGGUCUCUGGAUGUAGAAGAGAUGUAUUUGUCUAAUCAGAACUUUCCAUACAUAGAAGGAGGUCAAAGAAUUAUUUCUCCUUUUCCGCUUAUAACUAGCUGGACCACAACUGCUUAAUUUACUUGCAGUUACAUUUUCAGUAGGCCUGCUGUGUGUAGAUACAGUCUAAGAUAACUACUGUGACUUGCUUCUCUGCACAGGUCAACUUGCUUCUAAUGGGACACAUUUUUCUCAUGUCAUAUAAGUAAAUAAAAGAAUGAACCGUUUUGCAGAAAAUAUUACAGUGGAGUUAAGAACAUCUACCUUGAAUGUACAGUGCACUUAUUUUUGAAGUUAAUCAUUCAGUAGCUCACAAUAUUGUACCUAUAGGUUCACAGUAUUGUUCCUGCUUUUAUGCACAACUCUGUCCUCACCUUUACAUAGUUUAUGACUUAGCGGGUGAGAAAUUCAUUAAUAAAUUUUUGAUAUUAAUUUCAUUUAAAUAGGUUUAUCAGCUGUCAUUUCUGAAGUACACAACAUUUUAAAAUAUUAUAUUGUACAUUUUAAAAUAUUAUGUAAUAGCAGCUUCACAUGAAUAUUUCAGUGGUACCUGUACAUUGCCGUAUAGGAAUAUGUUUGCUAUUUUUCAUUGCUAUGUCUUGUCCUUUUUGCAUUUUAAUAAUCUUUGAAAACAUUAGGCCUACAAAACUAAAAUAGGCUAGGACUAUGACACGUGUUUUUCAGUUACUUGAACACUAAAGAAAAUUUUCCUUUAAGUUUUCAUAUUUGGCUUUUGAUAGCACUGAAUUUAUCAGACAUUGUUUCAAAAGUCCUAUACAGACUAUUCCUAAUGAACUUGACUUUACUCAGUAACAAAGUUUAUUUUCCUAUAUCUAUUUUCCAACUGAACAGACUUAUUUAAAAUAUGCCAUAUGGAAGCAUUUUUCCCCUUUCUAAUAUUUUUUGAUUUGAGAAUUUUAAAAGAUAUCCUUUUAGUAAACACAAAAGCUUACCAAAUAAAGAACCUUGUUUUAAUUUAGCUAGUGAAUGUUUUCUAUGGUAUGUCUUUAAAAUUAUCCAGCAAAAAUUGAAUGGGUAUGUAUUCAACAUGAAAUUUUUAUUCCAUUCUGAUGAAGCACUAACAAAACGGAUUUUUCUAAAUGAGAAAAUUUGUCUUCUGUAUUUUAAAUGGAACAAAUUUGAAUUUUGCCUCUGAUAAUAAAAUUUUGUACAGUAA